AUGUCGGACCUGGGCUCAGAAGAGCUAGAGGAAGAGAGAGAGAACGAUCUUGGGGGCGUCUACAAGUUUAAAAACGGAGCUCGGUACAUCGGAGAGUACGUGAAGAACAAGAAGCACGGGCAGGGCACCUUCAUCUACCCAGACGGCUCGCGGUACGAAGGGGAGUGGGCCGACGACCAGAGGCACGGCCACGGCGUGUACUAUUACGUCAACAACGACAGCUACACCGGGGAGUGGUUCGCUCACCAGAGGCAUGGGCAAGGCACCUACUUCUACGCGGAGACGGGCAGCAAGUACGUCGGUACCUGGGUGAACGGACAGCAGGAGGGCGCGGCCGAGCUCAUCCACCUGAACCACAGGUACCAGGGCAAGUUCCUGAACAAAAACCCCGUGGGCCCUGGGAAGUUCGUGUUUGACAUUGGGUGUGAGCAGCACGGAGAGUACCGCUUGACAGACGUGGAGAGAGGAGAAGAGGAGGAGGAGGAGGAGGCAUUGGUAGCGGUCGUACCGAAAUGGAAAGCCACCAAGAUCACGGAACUGGCCCUGUGGACGCCGACGCUCCCCAAGGAGCAGGCCCCGUCGGAGGGACCUGGCCAGGAGGAGACCCCGCGGACCGAGGGCAUCGGAGAGGACAUGGAGGAGAGCCCGGGCCUCCUGGAGGGGUUCGAGGGCGAGAUGGAGAUGCGGCCCGGGGACGAGGACGCCGACGUGCUCAGAGACGACAACCGGGAGUACGGCUACGACGUGGACCAGGCCAACGCCAGCUUCGAAGAAGAGGAGGGCAGACAGUCGGACCUGCAGGAGUGAGGGCCGCGGGCGGGGCUG